AUGCUUUAAAACAAAAUUUAUUAGCUAAAUACACCGAGGAGAGGAAUUUCUCGUUCUGAAUCAAUCAAGAAAAAAUUAUUCAAACUAAAUCUUGAUUCAUUGAAAACUCAUGAAACUGAAACUUAAAUGAAUAGCGAUCUGCUAACAACGAGUAGAGCUCAUCAUUAUAAAUCUAUUAGUUCAACAUUAUUCUAAAGAAGGAACAGUAAAUACCCAGCAAUUUUGUAACAGUUAUAAUAAUAAUACUCAACAGCAUUCAAAAAUAAAGAACUUGAUAAAGCAAUCGAUGCAGUUGUAGAUGUUAUGAUUUUACAUGUUGUAAGAGACAACAUUUUAGGACUACUAAACACUUACAUAUUGGUGGCAGAAACCUAUUUAAAAUUCACAUAUUACUCUUCAGCUAUUCAAACCUACACAUAAUUAUUGCAUUUAUGUGAUAUUUGUAAUGAUGUUGAAGAAGUCUAGAAAUCAUUUCGAUUGAAAGUGUUACUUAAACUAAGUAUCAUAGCACACAAUUUAAAAAUGCAUGAGACAGCAGUCAAAAUAUUAAAGAAAUUACUGCAAUAUUCGUGGCAUUUUAAAGAUAAGUAUUUAGAGGUUGUGUGCUUUGAUAAACUUGGAUAAGAAGCCUACUUGCAGGCAAAUUUAGAGAAAGCAUAGUUUUAUCAUUGCAGAGCUAUUUGGGGAAGAUCAGAGCCUGAAAAUUCUAAUCAUUAUCAGAUAUCCACUUAAAAUAUUGGGUAAUAUCUAAAAAAACUCCCUAAAGGAAUCCAACAUAUUGAUUAGAAUUUAGUAAGUAAAGCUACUUUUCUACCAUUCACAUUUAUCAGUUAAACGCAGAAUCAAUAAAAUAAUAAUAAUUCCUCUUAAUAAUAUUGUGGCAUUGAAGUUACUAAUUACUAUUUGAAAAAUAUGAAUGUUAUUAAACAGCCACAUAGGUUUUUAUCUCAUGUUACUCCAGAAGCAUGUUUCUAAAAAUUAUUUAUUACUUCCUAAUUUGAGUUUGAGAUUUCCACUCCCAGACAAGCGAAAUAGGAUUCUCAUUCCAAUGAUCUAUUAAGAAUCAAUCCAUAAGAUUUGUUUAUUUCAGUCUUAUAAAAUUCAAAUGACAGAGAAGAAAUCCUUUACAUGAAUAAAGUGAAAUAAUAAAAUAAAAUGGGAGGAUUCAUUCCUCCUUCAUCUUAUCGAAUUCAAAAGAAGGAUUAACCUAAGAUUGAUAAAAAGUUAUUGAAAUAACCCUUAAUCAAAAUGAUAAAUGAAAGGUUAACCAGCCAACCAAAUUUUACAGAAAUAAUAGAAGAAAGAUACCGUGCUGCUAGAAUGAAUCAUAGUAGAGUUCCUCUUAAGGAUUAAGUGAGGAUUUCUCAUUUGAGUCCAAAUAGAGAUUUAUUGAAUUAUGGAGAAUGCUUAUAGGCCACUGCUGACCCAGAUUAAAUGUUUAUUUCUAAUGUACUAUUUUGA